AUGGUGAAGGAGGAGUGCAAGGCGCUGCUGGACGCGCUCAGCCGGGUGACCGCCUGCUACCGGCACCUGGUGCUGACCAUCGGAGGCACCUCGGACUCGCAGAACCUGCGCGAGGAGCUAAAGAAGACCCGGCAGAAAGCCCAGGAGCUGGCGGUGGCCAACCGCAACAAGCUGACGGCCGUCUUGAGGGACAAGGCGGUGAGCAAGGAGGACAAAGCGGAGUUCGAGCGCCUCUGGGUGAUCUUCUCCACAUGUCUGGAGAUCCUGGAGACCGACAUGCGGCGAGCCCUGGAGCUGGGCCACGACUUCCCCCUCCACGUGCCCAAGAGGCCCCUGGUGCAGACGGGCAUGAGCGGGGGCACCUCCGGCGUGGCCGCCCGGGCCAUGAGCGUCCAGAACAUGAAAUACGACGAGGCCGACCGCAACAUCGACGUGGUGGAUCUCAAAGACCUGGAGAAGGAGAUCCACCAGGUGGGGGAGAUGAUGUAUGAGAUGGAGAUGAAAGUGAACGUCCCGCAGUGGACAGUGGAGGCCAAGCAGAACCCUGGUGCAGAGCUCAACUCUGCCAUCAGCAUGGGCACUUCCUCCAUUGGCAUGCUAGACGAGGAGCGCAAGCCCUUCUGCCACGGCAGCAAAGCGCUGGCUGGUGUCAUUUUCACCGCCGUGCUCCUCGUUGCUGUCAUCCUGGCAGUCUGCGUGGCAAAACUCUCCUAA